AUGACAGAGGUGAUGAACACACGGGAGCCGGUGAUGGAGGAAUUUGCGCUCAGCCAGACUCCUGAGGAAGAAGGAGGCCCUUCAAGCCAGGCCUUCCCAGACUCACGUGAGAAGUACCCCAAGCUGUCCAAAAGACUGCCAUCGAUCGUGGUGGAGCCGACCGAGUCCGGGGAGGUGGAGAGCGGGGAGCUGCGCUGGCCUCCUGAUGACCUGAAAUCAGCAGAGGACAAAGGUCUUCAUGGUGACCAAAGAGUCUGUGUCCAGCAGCAGCAGCAGCAGCAGCAGAUGGAUCUGGAAG